AUGCGUGAGUCUCGGCUGCGCAACCUGAUGAAUUGGGCGCUGGCCUUCAUGGCCCCCGAGGAAGUCAUAGGCCACCUCAACACCCUCUGCUGGCCCUUCCUGCCCAGGGCCGUGCUCGUCUCGUCCAUAAAAUUCGGCGUCACCGGCGCGCCCCUGCCGGUGGUGCCGGGGUCCGGGCUGCCGCCGCGGCCGGGGCCGGGGCGUGCGUAA